AUGAACGGGAAGUCGGCCCAUGGCUCGGCGGGAGGAAUGGCGUGCAUCGACGGGCUGCCGCCGCUGCCCAAGAGCCUGAGCGGCUUGCUCAACUCGAGCGGCGGCUCGUGGAGGGACAUGGAGCGGAUGUACUUGAAGAAGACCAUGAUCCAGGACGACCUGAGCCGAGGCCGGAAUAACGCCGACAGCCUGCUGGCCAGCAAGCCGGCUAACCUCGACGCCGCCCUGGCUUUGCUGAGGAAAGAGAUGGUGGGCUUACGUCAGCAGGACAUGUCCCUGCUGUGCCAGCUGUGGUCGCUGCACGAGUCCAUCCAAGAGUACAAGGGCAGCUGCCAGGACUUGAGCGCCGCCUCGGGCCUAGGCAUGAUGGAAAACGGCUACUUCGACGAAGACGACGAGUACUAUCCGGAACCGGGCGCCACUCCCACCGGCGAGCACCCCGACGGCGAAGGGUUAGUUGAGUCGGCGGACGGAAGCGAGGCGGGGGUCAGCAAAGACGACAGCUGGGAAUCCUUUCGCGUCACCAUCUGA